UAAUAUGGUGAUGAAGAAAGUUACAUUUGACGAUAGUAACAAUCGCGUGUAUGUACUGAUCGCGUGGUCCUUUGCAUAUAGUGCGGCACGAAAAGGGCCUUGGGAAACUAUGGCCUUGGAUAGAUUUCGCUUUAGUACAAAAAUAGAGCAAUUUUGUAAGAUAUUGUCUCCCGUCUUAGCAGAAAAUCAUCGUUUAUCAGUUUAUCUGACUAGAUUUCAAGGUCACCAGAACUCAAUGUAAUGGUCAACAGACAGCAAUAUAAUGGUGGUAGAAACGGUGAAUGGAAUCAGUCGAAUAGUGUUCGCUAAUCAGUUAAAAUGGAUCUUAAUCAACUCAACAGUAGCACCUACUGCAAACCUUUCAAGAACGUCAAGGAUAUGAAGGUCGGUGAAAAGUAUAAAGUGAUUGGUAUCGACCUAAUCAAUACCAAAUAUGGCGACCGAAUACUGAUCGAUACUGAGAACUUUAAGUGCAUCCUUCCUUUGCGCUUUUAUGACUACUUCAAGAGCGACAACCGUCUGCAGAUCUUCAAGGACACCUUGUCCAGGGAAGAAGUGUUUAUAACAAGCGCCGGAACGGCGGGGAAGACUACUAAUUUAACAUUUAUGUAAAAAAGUUGUAAAUGAGAUAGAGAGAAAUAAUAAAAUGUUGUUGAUGAGAGAGAGAAAUUGUGUCUCUUAUUUAAAUGCAUAUCCACCCUUAGAAACACUUUAGUUGUUCUGUGAUCGUGGGGUCGAGAUCAUCUCAACGAAAAAAAGCUCCAAAAUGGAUACAAUCAGUUGUACUAAUAAUUAUUUCUCGUGCUCGUGCUGGUGCUGUAAUAACAACAAAGACACUAGUGAUGAUUCUAUCACCCAGUUUGCCGAAAAUGUGCAUAGUAAAGCUGCCGACGAACGUUUAAUCGAUUGCUCAUCAUAUGACCUCUACGAUGGUGAAAGCAAUUCGAAGAAAUAUAUUGAAAUUGGCUACAGUACGCAUCUUAAUUUGGCCCCAGUUUUACGAAUUGUGCACUCUCCAUUAAAUGCGAUAGUGAUGGUGAAAGAAGAUUGGGAAAUGCUUCUAAAGCACCAAACAUAUCUCGAGAUGAAGUUCUUUAGAUCUCAAGAGCUCGAAAAUUGGAUCGACUGGUCCAAUGUUAAGGAAGAAGAUAUUGAGCACGACAAAAGUUCUGAAUCGCUUAACGCAAAUUUUACUAUUCAUUAUAACAGGAAAUUUGUGCGGGAUCCCACGACGACUGAGAAAAUAUUAGAGAGCGUAACAAUACAACGUGAUAAGCUGCAUUAUUGCACGAUGAGUAAGUACGUCGUUGAAGAAUUGUUUAAUCUAAAAGAUAUAAUCAACUAUCGUUUGGAUUUACUGGAAUCGUACGCUCUGUCCUGUUUCUAUCAGGAUGUUAUCGAACAGGUGAUUAACUACCGUCAUUUUCGUAAAAUGGAGUUUGGUAACGAGGACGAGGGCGACGAUGACAACAUCUAUCGCGAUAUUGAAGACGUAUUAAACUAUAAGUUUAACGUCAAUUCUCAUAAUACAGUUUGCAUGAUGGAAUUAUUAUACUAUCGACCUACUUAUUUUAUGUAUCACAUAUGUCAAUAAACGUACUUUAUUUGA